GUGAGACUGAAAGACCGAACACAAAGAUCUUUAACGAUAGAGUGGAAGAAGCAACCCUACCAUGAUAUUUUAAGCUACAUGAUUACAGUCUCGCUGGUUAACAGGCCGUACGAUGAUUUGUACACGAGUACAUCCACUGUGACUCCAUUUGAGUAUUCCACUGGGAAAACUGAAGUGACAGCAUCACAGUUAAAAUCUGGAAGUGAAUAUGAAAUCCAAGUGCAGCCAUAUUUCACUGAUGGCCCUGGUUCUUUGUCUAAGCCAUUCCGGUUCAUGACAAAGAUAAAAGUGCCUUUGCCAUCUGAUAUCAGACUACCAGUGCUCCUCGAUUCGAACACACUAACCACUCAGCUGGUAUUAUUAGAACCAAUUAAAAGCCAGGAUGCACCAAUCAGUUCUUAUAAAGUGGUGUUACGGACUGUAAAAGAAGCUAAAAGACGGAAACGAGAUGAUUACUCCAUAUUGGAUGAAGAUAGUUGGCAACUUGUGGACUAUGACAGUGCUCAACAGCUAGGUACAGAGCAUUAUGUCACAGCCGGGUUUGACUCAAACGCAUUACCGAGGGAGUUUGUCAUCGGCAAUGGUGAAUUGUACAAUGAAUAUUACAAUGCACCUUUGGUACCUGGGUCAACGUAUGAAGUCUUCUUUGGAAUGAUUUCAGAAACAGAGCUGGAGACGGAAGCUGUAUUCACAACAGAUCCUGUCAGUUUUACAGUGGAUGGUCAGAGUGAAAGUAUCCAACCAGUCAUCUUAGCUGCGGUGGUUGGUGUAUUACUGGUCAUACUGGCAGGAGUUGUCACAGUCCUUUGUGUUGUCUGGUGUCAAAGAAGAGCAAAGAAGGCUCAGCCACCAGUUGUUGAGAAUGGAAGACCUCCGAUAUAUUUACCGAGUAAAGAGAGAAGGCAAAAUGUUAAGAAAUUGGUUGUGGAUGCACACGAACUCCAAG